CAGCUGGGUGCGCGCGCAGCGGUCGAUAGCGUCCCGACGGUCGGACCGCACCGCGUCGGCGUCGCCCUAUCGAGCCCACACAGGCCCUCGCCGCCGCCGGUCGCGAACGUGAUGCAUGCGGGGACUUAGCGGCUGCACGCGCGCGGGCCUCAUGGGCACCGUGCUGAGCUUCAGUCCGCGCGAGCGGCGACCGCCCGCCGCCGCGCCCCAACCCGAUCGCGCCGCCCUCGCCUACUCCUACGAGCGUCUGAACAACGCCAAGAACAGGGAGAACCGCGAGCUGCCGCGGGACGAGCGACGCGCCACUCUCGACGAUGCUGCCAAAAUCAUAUCCGAGAAGACGGCCCUCGAAAAGAAUCUCAAGAAGCAUUCUCUGUUCAUAAACGCUUUAUCUUGGAAGAGGUUCUCGACAGCGAACAAUAACAAGAAGAAGCUAGAAUCGAAGAGCAAGAGCGUGACGACAUUCCGCGCGCCGCUGACGGACAAUGCGCCGCUCGAUCGCAACAAGAAUGUUAGCGUGCAGGGGGGAUACCCGCGGCCGGUGCCUGCGCCCCUACCGCCGCCUCCAGCUGAGGUGGUGCGAGCUAACGCACUCAACAACAAUGUGUGCUACGCGGAGAAGCUGCCAGCUACGACGGUGGGGCCUGUGGUCGCACCGCGGAAGACCAUAAUCCAGGCCUCGACCUCAGAGCUGCUCAAAUGCCUCGGCACGUUCUUGCAUGCGCGGUGCCAUCGCUUGCGUGACUUCCAAGCCGGCGACGCGGUCAUGUGGCUGCGAACCGUCGAUCGCUCUCUGCUUUUACAGGGCUGGCAGGACGUGGCAUUCAUAAACCCGGCGAACGUCGUGUUCGUGUACAUGCUAGUCCGAGAGCUCGUGGACGGAGAAAGGAUAGCGCGUCCUCAGGAGCUGCAGGCCGUCGUUCUCACCUGCCUCUACCUCUCUUACUCUUAUAUGGGCAACGAGAUCUCGUACCCCCUCAAGCCGUUCCUAGUUGAAGACUCUAAAGACAAAUUCUGGGACCGAUGCCUCUUAAUCGUCGAUCGGCUAUCGUUCAACAUGCUGAGGAUCAAUUCGGAGCCGGGUUUCUUCACGGAAGUGUUCACGGAGCUGAAGGCGUGCGGCGUGGUGGACAGCCCUCCUCCCGCACCACCACACCCCGCCCCCGUACCCCCUCACACCGUCACGGCCGCCUGACACACGGAGGUGGCCGUUCUGAGGUUGGCCUUGACUGAUCGCCCUAGUCGCGUUUGAUGUCGGGCUCGCAGCUAUUGGUCGACCGUUCCCUGAUAACUUCAUAACUGUAAGAUUGGCGCCUGGAUCGUGUAUAAAUAAAAUAUUAGACGUCUGGUUUCGUGUGGUCGUUCGAGAAAAACGGAUCACGAACUUAAUUCCUUAAAAGACUUAUCUUUUGCAUUCCAUUUUAAUAGUUUGGCUAUGGAAGUUAAUUAUAGUAAAUAAAGGUGUUACAGUGUUCGAAGUUUGACGAGUGUUAGGAUGCGUUUGCUCAAGAAAUAAAUCUCGUAGAAAGAAGGUAGGUAAGAAUAGAGAUCGAACGGUUGACCAAUGCUACGCUGAAGUUUUACGAAAGUUCGGAGCCAGAAAUGGGGAAAAUCAUAAUACCUAUGUUACGAAUGUGAUAAAUCUAGUCGGAAACAUCUUGUUGAAAAUUUAAUGUUAGAAAUUUUCGUCCAUCUCACCGUAUGGUUACAGCGAUUCCAAUUUAUUGGCUUUUUUAUGUGUCACCGCCAUUUAAGCACGGUCAUUGUCAGUGUAUAUGUCGAGCGAAAAGGCCAAGUGUCCACUCCACACCCCAUCAGAGACGGCUAACAAAUUUUCUAUGUAUUGCAAACCAGUUUAUAUCUGUCCGUGGUUUUAUUACCACGUUAAAUUAGUUCAUGCGUUUUCGUGUAUUUUCGUGAAGUAGAUAAAUGUCUGAAAUAUUUACUUUAAGCGGCCCCUUCAAAGGCAACAUUUUAGUCCAAGAGUCAGUAAGUUAAGUGUUUCGUAAAGUAGUAAAAUGGCAGUAAAGCCAUUUAGUUAGGUGAUAAUUAGCGAAUAUCUGUCAGGCGGGAGGAUGCAAUAUUACGGUUAAAAUCCGCUAAAAAUGUGUCCCGGUAAACCCUUCUACGAUGUGUACGUAUGUAAGUAUGGUUGACGGCUGUAAGCGCGGGAGCGUCACCUUUGAUUUUGUUAUAAACGAAUGUUGUUAUAACAAUUAAGUCAAAAUAAACGACGACGAAGCGUUUUGUACAGUAAAAAAUUGAACAUUGAUUACAUCUUAAGUCUUAAUUUUACCCGUAUUAAGUACUUAUAGCUUAGAUAAUCAAAGUGGACGGCACUCGGUUUAACAGUACAACGUGUUUGAUUUGCAUGUUUGCACGGCAAUAUAUUAUUUAAUUUUAUAAAGUCUAAAUAAAUGAUUAAUAAUUUAGUAUUAUCAGCCACGUAAUUUAAUGAAUUCUUUUAUUUUAAUUUGAAAAAAAAUAAGUGUAAGAUGUCAAAUAUGACAUAAGCAAUGUCAUUGAUCACAAUUUAAAGUUUGAACAGUGUAAUAAUGCGCCGAGUGCCUUAGUUAAGAAUAAUAAUUGAAUUGUUUAGUCGAAUGAAUGUCUAAAAAAUGGUAGGUUACGUACAUAUUAAUUAAUAAUAGAAAUAAAAAGAAUCUCAAUCGUUCCAUUUCAUAACUGUUUAGAAUAAAUUAGACUUCUGUGAUUAAACUUGAAUCUUUGCGUUUUAUUGUUAUUAAGUAUUUAUUUUUUCUUGCUUAGCUUAAAUUAUUGUUGUAUUAUUUUGAUUAUGUUAAGUUUAAAGAUUAGCGUAAUGUGAAGCGACUCAACCAAUGAAUCUGUCAUCUAACUUUAUCUACAUAUAAUCGCUGUUGUGUCGCUGUUGUGCUAUUUUACCCGCGCUGAUUGAAGCUUAUUUCCGGAAGUGAAGUGACGUAUGUACCUACUGCUUUUACAGCCAUUUUGCCUAGUUCUUAUUACAAUAUCUAUCAAGAUACUUUUGAAACAAAUCAAAAUGAUCGAACCAAUAAUUUGGAUGAAAGUCACUGUUCUUCUUUUUCUUUUUUUCAGUAUGGCAGCCUGUAUUGAGAUUAAGUCACUAACGAUAGGUACAAUGAGCGACUCAACUUUGUAAUUUAUGCUUUAAAAGUAAAAAGGCGCGAAACAUGUAUGGAGUAUUUAGCCGUUAGUUGGUCAUGGUCCUUGACUAUUAAUUUUAACAAAAUGGUUCUCAAAACAAUUGCAUAAACACAUUAAAUAACCAUAGGCUGAAUUUCGAUGUAUUUUAAAUAAUCACAAUAUUUUCCUCCUAUGUUUGAGAGUUCUGAGAUGCAAAAUACUGUCAGAGAGAAACAAUUUCAAAUAAAACCAAUUAUGAAAUCAAUGAAUUCAUUCGAAAAAACCUAAAUAAUAUUACGAUUUCUAUGAGUCUAAUUAAAGACGGCUGCAGGACAUAUUGGUGCGUAAACAUUUUUACCACAAUUUUACCA